GAAUGCACAUUCAGUUAGCAAUGUUUAUCCUUUGCACUGCUGUCAUAGAUCAGCUAUAUUCGAUGCGCUUUUUUGAAGCCCCAAUCUUUAAGACCAAAGUAAGUAAAUACAAGUUGCGUACUAAACUGGUUUCCCCAACUCCUCCACAAAACUAUUGCCGCAAAGGUCUAUGUCCAGCGAAUGUGAAACACAUCGCCUGUGGCAAUCCAUUUUGGGGAUCACAUUGUGAAAAGCCCCGAGCAGGUGUCAACGUGGAAAAAAUCAAGACAGACAUCAUCGACGUUCAUAAUAACAUACGUGAGAAUAUGUCGAAAGUCAGUUGGCAAAAUCUGCCCAUAGCUAAGGGCUUGCCCAAGGUUAAAUGGAACCAAGAUCUUUCCGUUCUGGCGAUGAGGAUCACAAACUAUUGCAACAAUGCAACUGGCAUGGACUGUGUAAAUACACCACGUUUUCUGCAUGUAGGUCGGUCUUCAACGGAUUGGCAAAUUCCUCCUGAGAACAGUAAUAUGAAACCAGAGGAUUUUCUAAUUUUGGCAAUUAAAUAUAUAGGUGGCAACUUCCUUAGGGUAAAUGCGAGUUUUGUUGAGAGUUUUCCAUCGGAUGCCUCGAAUUUUGAUUAUGCAUUCGCAAAUAUAAUUAAUCAAAGAGCGAACGAAGUGGGAUGCGGCAUGAUGACACGAAAACCCGGUAGGUUACCAUGGUACUAUAUCACCUGUUUAUAUGACACGGAAGUGAAGCCUGGCCAAAAAUUGUAUGAUUUUUAAAGUUUAAUUUGAUUAACUACUUCACGACAAAAAUAAAAUGUUUGUUAUCUCAAAUAAAUAUAAGUUCUCUGCUGUGAAAAGAGUUUUUUUGUUUAGUCGAUCAAGUAAAAUUAACGAACGAUCAGUAAAUCGAACUGUGUUCUCACAACACUAUUUAGGAGAUGAACUAUAUUUCAUAAUACACUAUUUACACCAAGCGCAUCUGCUUGAAUUCUGCAAUUAUAAGAUUCAAGUGUUUACACCAAACUCGCAUCAUUCAGAAAGCUAUUUGAAGUGCAAAAUUAAACAAACUCAGGC